GUGUGACGAAUAUACUGACGAUGGUGACGAUCAGCACGGAUACUGCCGACGUAUGAUUCUCUUAAACGAAAAGAGUCGCGGUGCGGUGACAUGCACGUCGAGCGCGCGAAAAUGUCCCGAUAAGAUAAUCCCAAUGGUCCUAGGGCGCGUCACGAUCCUUCUUCAGGAUAGAUGCAAAUUGAUGACACAACCAUGUCCUUAAGAAACGUUAUCGAGUGGACAUCCUCCGACGUGAAAGAGUGGCUCGUAGAUAAUGGUCACGAGGAGUACGCAGAUUUGUUUUACUUUCACGAGAUCGAUGGAAAGGUACUUCUGAUGCUGAAAGAGGAAGAUUUAAAGUCUAACAUUUUAAACAUAAAAAAGAUUGGUGCUAUAAAGAAAUUGUAUCUGGCCAUAAAGCAACUGCAAAGGGACAAUGUUGCCGUUUUAUUUGACCUGGGAUAUGUAGAUUUGUUUCCCUCGACAAAUUUUUAUACUCAUCAGAAUAAACACGAGAUGCCCAGUAUCGGUACAAAUAAUGAAACGUCUAUCGAAAACGAAUUCUAUUCAGCCUCUGUAUCAGAGGAUGGACAUGCUUCUCAUUUGCCACCCGAAAUCUGGAAGACACUUAUCAGUUUGGGAUAUUUAUUUAUUGUCACGUGGAUUACUGCCUUUGUGAUGGUUAUUGUUCAUGAUAGAGUGCCUGAUAUGAAGAAAUAUCCUCCAUUACCAGAUAUAUUUUUAGACAAUGUACCUCAUAUUCCUUGGGCGUUUGAUAUGUGCGAAGUUACCGGUACACUGCUUUUUGCGAUAUGGCUUAUUGUGCUUAUAUUUCAUAAGUAUAGAUUUAUUUUGUUACGGAGGUUUUUUGCACUGUCGGGUACAGUCUUCCUACUGAGAUGCGUGACAAUGCUCAUUACUUCGUUAUCGGUGCCAGGAGCACAUCUACAAUGUCAACCACGGAAAGUCCCAGAUGAUGACUGGUCAAACUCCGCUUAUGUCGAAUUGUAUAAUAAAAUAGCUAUGGCUUAUGUUAUUUGGCGAGGUGCUGGCAUGUCUAUUCAAGGUGUCAGAACUUGCGGAGAUUACAUGUUUAGCGGACAUACAGUAGCGCUAACAAUGCUUAACUUUUUCAUUACAGAGUAUACUCCAAGACAUUUAUAUUUUCUGCAUACUUUUACAUGGAUGCUUAACAUGUUUGGUAUUUUUUUCAUCUUAGCGGCGCAUGAACAUUAUUCCAUCGACGUUUUUGUCGCAUUUUAUAUAACUUCACGAUUAUUCCUUUACUAUCACACACUGGCAAAUAAUCAAGCAUUGAUGCAGCGCGAUUCAAUCAGAACCAGAAUCUGGUUUCCGUUAUUUAGCUUUUUUGAGGCUUCCGUUGAUGGUAUUGUUCCUAAUGAAUAUGAAUCGCCAUCCUUGAUAGUUUGCAAUUUAGCAGGCACGGGAAAAAACAUCUGGCAUUGCAUACGAUCUCGAAUUUCUUUCCGAAAAAUGCAACGCAGCAUAAACGGCAAUUUAAGAAGCACAAAGAAGGAAUACUAACGUCAACUGGUAUAUAUUUUACCUUUUUUAAUUGUUAUAUUCGAUACUGUAUUGCUAUAAUCAAUGUUUUUAAGAUAAAUAUGCCAUGUAGGAAACAACAUAUGACAUUUCAUUGAUUUUUUCAAUUCUUA